AUGCCCCAGCAGGUAACCUUGUCCUGGCAGUCCGACAUGCAGCUGGCCGGCAAGCUGGUCCUCUCCGCCACCGCUCUCUUCCUCCUGACUUUGGCAUACAGGUUUUAUAAAUCCCGCUCGCUUGCCGGGGGGAAAAUCCCACCAGCUGAGGCUGAGGAAGAGCAGAGGGAAAAUGCUGCCAGGGAUGGGGAUGGUGCAAGGGGGCUGCGCCGCAGGAGGGUGGGUGGUGAGGAGGCAGGGAGGGACGGUGGGGAUGAAGGAGCGAGCGGGCAAGUGAGCGCCUCUGAGACACGGUGCACGCUGCUCCGGGGGAAUCGAGGUCUGCCAAGGGGUGAGGAAGGAGAGGAAAUGGUUUCUGAACUGGAGCUGUCUUGUGGGAGGGUGGGAGUUGUUGGGAAGGGAAGUGAGUUGGGAAGCAAGAUGGGGCGUGAGUUGGGAAGUGAGCAAGAAAGUGAUCAAGCAAGCAAAUCAGAAUAUAAGCUGGGAAGUGAGCUGGGAAGCAAGCCGGGAAGCAAGCUGGAAAGCAAGAUGGGAGGUGAGCCAGGAAGCAAUAUGGGAAGUGAGCUGGGAAGCCUGAUGGGAAACAAGGUGGGAAACAAGAUGGGAAGCAAGCUGGGAAGUGAGCCAGGAAGCAAGUCAGGAAACAAAACAGGAAUUGAGCUGGGAAGUGAGCUGGGAAGCAAGACAGGAAGUGAGUUGGGAAGUGAGCCGGUAAGCAAGUCAGAAAAAAAGCCAGGAAUUGAUCUGGGAAGCAAGAUGGGAAGUGAGCUGGGAAGCAAGAUGAGAGGCAAGCCAGGAAUUGAGCUGGGAAGCGAGACAGGAAGUGAGCUGGGGAGUGAGUCAGGAAACAAGCCAGGAAUUGAGCUGAGGAGCAAGCCAAGCUCUUAUGACCCUGGGGAUGCAGCCGAAAAACUGAGCAGCCACAGGGAGGAGGGCACGCUUGUCCCAAGCACCGGGCUUUCCCCCGGGAUUGGUAAUGCCCAGACAGCAGAUGAUGGACAUACCCAAAGCAUGGAGAAGGAGUUGACCAUCACAAACAUGAGUCAGGAGGCUGAGAGGCAUGCGGGGAUGAUCCAGACCCUCAGCGUCACCUCGGACCUGGGGCUAACGAUGACAGCAAGCGACAUGGGGUCAGACGACUCCUACUCUUUCUCCUCAGUUGCAAAGAUCCAGGUGGAAGAGAGCUAUAUCACCAGGAGGCAGGCGAAGGAUGGAGCUCAGCAACCGAUCCCUGGCCUUAAAGGCAAAGUCUAUGACUACUACGUACAGUCCAUUUCCCAGUCAGUGUCAAAGAAGAGGUCUCUUUCUUACAUCCCUCCGGAAACAUCCCAGCAUCUCAGCUUGGAGUGGGUCAAUGAGGAGCCACAGUGCUUUGAAACCCAGGAGCUGGACCCAACUUCGGCAACAUGGGAUUCCACCACCUCCUCCAUAGAACCACCACCUUCUGGGAACUUAGAGAUCUCCUCUGAGCCACCAUCUCCUGGCCGCAAGGACAGCAUACUCCAGAUCGCCGACAGCCCCCACCUCCAGCUGUCCAUGGAGGGUUUUGGAGUCAUGGCACUGGCCAGGACACCGCCAGCAAGCCCUCAGCCAGGGCCAGUGACCAGUGCCAAUCUCUUCCAAAUGCCACCACCCACCCACCUGGACCUGGGCAACUGCUACAAGGUCCUCUGCACAGCCAAGGCACAGAAGCUUGGCCACCUCCAGGAGGCUGCCUACAAGGUGAUGAGUGACAACUACCUGCAGGUGCUGAGGACACCCUCCAUCUACAGUCACCUCAAUGCCAGUGAGCGGGAGCUUAUCCUGCGGCAGAGGAUGAAGGGGAAGACAUACAUGGCUGUGGCAGACAUCAACAUGCAGGAGCCUGGCCUCCACACCAGCCACCUCUGCUACUAUGAUGACAAAGGGGACUGCUGGCGUCACCUCUGCCAUGUGCCACCAGAAGUGGUCUCCCGGGGCUGUGCCAUGUGCAGCAUGUUCAACUACCUCUUUGUGGUGGCUGGUUGUGAGGGCAUGGGCCAGGACCAGAGACCCUCCAAUCGUGUCUUCUGCUAUGACCCCUUGACCAACAUCUGGAAGGAGAUCUGCUCCCUGAACCAAGCACGGCCACACUGCAAGCUCGUGGCCUUGGACGGUCACCUCUAUGCCAUCGGCGGUGAGUGCCUCAACACAGUGGAGCGCUAUGAUCCCCGGCAGGACCGCUGGACCUUCACCGCACCCCUGCCCCAUGAAACCUUUGCUGUAGCCCACACAGCCACGGUGUGCGAUGGGGAGAUCUACGUGACAGGAGGCACCUUGCGAUACAUGCUGCUGCGUUACACAGCCCGCUCGGACAGCUGGAGCAUCAGCCCAGCCGGUGGUGGCAAGGACAGGACAGCUGAGAUGGUGAGCACUAAUGGCUUCAUCUACCGCUUUGAUCUCCACCGCAGCACAGGCAUCAGUGUCUACCGCUGCAGCGCCAAGGCCAAGCUAUGGUAUAAGUGUGCUGUCUACGCCAUGCCCGACCCGCCUGGCUUCCAGUGCACUGUGGUGGGCAGCCUGGUCCACUGUGUUGGGCGGCACUUCCACAUCCGCUUCUUGGCUGACCACAUCUCACCACGCUUCGGGACCAAGGAGCUGCAGCCUUUCCCAUCACCUCGCAGCAGCCUCCUCCCAGCCGUCCUGGUGCUGCCAGAGGGAGAGACAGCACAAACGAAGGUUUGA